AGUUAAUGUUCAACCCAGGGAAGGGGCUCUUCCUGGCGGUUUCCUGCUCUGGCCACUGAGGCCCCGCUGGGCGCUCCCUGGGCUGGGCCACAGCUCUGCUCCAGCUCACCAGGCUCUCACCUUCUUGAAAAGCUGGUUUCUUCCUUUUGGGAGGGGCUGGCUCUGCUCUUUAUGAGAAUUCCACGGUUGCUGCGGCCCUGCCCAUUUGGGAACACCUCUGCCGGCACUCGGCACUCGGAGUCCUUGCGGAGGAGUUCCGGGCUCAGCUGCCUCCGGGACGGACAGGAGACCCGGCCGCACCAUGCGGGCUCUGGUCAUCGGCGGCCUGCUCUGCACGCUGCUCCUCUGCUCCUCCGUCUUCUCCGUGGAAGACCAAGCCCAGUGCCCCCUGUGUCCGCCCGCAGGAAGAAGGCACCCCCGGCCGCCUGCCAAGCCCUGGAAAGGCAAGCCCUGCUGUUCCCAAGUUCCGGAUCCUGCCCUGAGGACCCAGAAAGGGGACCGCGGACUCACCUUCUCAGCCAGCCACCUGCUCCACCUGCUGGCCACCUCGCUCCUCGCUGGGGUCAGUGUAACAGUUGAAGCCGCCUCACAGGCCACGGCCACGGCCACGGUGGAGCCAGUGGGAUGGCCCCGAGUGCCCUCCACGUGCCUGUUGUAUCUUGGGAGGAAGUGUGAGCGGGCCCAGGAUGGCGGGGACACCGUGUGAGGAUCUGCAAACCAUGCAAGUUCAAGCCAGCGUCCCCCUUCUGGGUGGUGCCCGGGGCGCUCCCACAGGUUUAGUGUCCCCCAGCAAGGCUCAGUCCCUGAGGCGCCCCCGGGUCCCCCGGAGCUGGGACU